AAUAAUCCGAGGCGACACCAGCGCAGAGCAGCGCAGGCAGCAGCACGGUGCUCACCCACCUCUCCCCCUCCCUCCCACCACCGCGUCACGCCUCCCCUCCCCUCCCCCUCUCAGAUCGCCGGGAGCCAGGGGCCGGCGAGAGGCGCGCGAAUGGCCAAGUCCAGCGCGGACGACGCGGAGCUGCGCCGGGCCUGCGCGGCCGCCGUGGCGGCCUCCGGCGCGCGCGGCGAGGAGGUGUCCUUCUCCAUCCGCGUCGCCAAGGGCCGCGGCAUCUUCGAGAAGCUCGGCCGCCUCGCCAAGCCCCGCGUCCUCGCGCUCACCACUAAACAUUCGUCAAAAGGCGAGCCAGAUAAAGCUUUUCUCCGAGUAUUGAAAUAUUCAUCAGGGGCAGUACUCGAGCCAGCUAAACUUUACAAGUUGAAACAUCUUACAAAGGUUGAGGUUAUUUCAAGUGACCCUAGUGGUUGCACAUUUGUUCUGGGGUUUGAUAACCUUAGGAGUCAGACUGUUGCUCCUCCACAAUGGACCAUGCGAAACAUUGAUGACAGGAAUCGUCUACUUUUUUGUAUCUUGAACAUCUGCAAGGAGAUACUUAGUUAUCUUCCAAAAGUUGUUGGAAUUGAUAUUGUGGAGUUAGCUCUCUGGGCAAAGGAAAAUACAUUGACACUGGAUAACCAAGAGAAUAACAACCAAGAAGGGCAAGAAACAUCUGUUGCUACUCAGACCGAGAGGAAAGUAACGGCAAAAGUUACUGUUGAAAAUGAUCUUGUAUCUCAAGCAAAGGACGAGGAGGAGGACAUGGAGGCACUUCUUGACACGUAUGUUAUGGGCAUUGGUGAAGCCGAUGCUUUCUCGGAGAGAUUGAAGCAGGAGCUUGUUGCUUUGGAAGCAGCUAAUGUCUAUCAGUUGCUGGAAAGUGAGCCUUUAAUAGAGGAGGUUUUGCAGGGUAUUGAUGCUGCUAGUGCAACCAUAGAUGAUAUGGAUGAGUGGUUGCGAAUUUUCAAUCUGAAGCUGAGGCAUAUGAGAGAAGAUAUUUCGUCGAUCGAAUCACGUAACAAUGGCUUGGAGAUGCAAUCUGUAAAUAAUAAAGGACUAGUUGAAGAGCUGGAGAAAUUGCUUGAACGGUUGCGAAUUCCGCAGGAGUUUGCAGCAUCAUUAACUGGAGGUUCAUUUGAAGAGUCACGUAUGCUGAAAAAUGUUGAGGCUUGUGAAUGGUUGACUGGGGCUAUUCGCUGCCUUGAAGUGCCCAAUUUGGACCCAUCCUAUGUUAAUAUGCGGGCUGUUAGGGAAAAAAGAGCAGAACUGGAGAAGCUGAAAAUAACUUUUGUUCGACGGGCAUCAGAGUUCUUGAGGAACUACUUCUCUAGCUUGGUGGACUUUAUGAUAAGCGACAAAAGCUACUUUUCUCAGCGAGGGCAAUUGAAGCGGCCUGAUCAUGCAGACCUAAGGUACAAAUGCAGGACCUAUGCUCGACUUCUUCAGCACUUAAAGGUCAUAAUACUCUUAAUUUUUAUUCCUAAUAUGUCAGAUUAUUACAUAUUGGCAUCAUUCCCAUUUUUACACCUAUGGUUGCUCAUUUGUGUGCAGAGUCUGGACAAGAGCUGUUUAGGCCCCUUAAGGAAGGCAUACUGUCAUUCUCUUAAUUUAUUACUUCGUCGAGAGGCACGUGAAUUUGCAAAUGAACUCCGUGCAAGUACGAAAGCACCAAAAAAUCCAGCUGUUUGGCUUGAAGGUUCUAAUAGUGGUGGCCAGAAUGGCAGUAGUGCUGAUACUUCAACAGUAUCUGAUGCAUACUCAAAGAUGCUUACAAUAUUUAUCCCGCUACUUGUGGAUGAGAGUUCCUUUUUUGCACAUUUUAUGUGCUUUGAAGUACCUGCACUUGUUCCAGCUGGUGCUCCGAACGUUAACAAGCGUAGAUCUGGAGCAAAUGACCCAGAUGAUGAUGACCUGAGUCUUAUGGAUCCGGAUGGCAAUGAUAUCAAACCAGAUAAUACGUCUGUGGAGUUGGGUACGUUGAAUGAUGCUCUUCAAGAACUGCUCGACGGAAUCCAGGAAGACUUUUAUGCAGUUGUAGAUUGGGCGUACAAGAUUGAUCCCUUGCGUUGCAUUUCGAUGCAUGGUAUUACAGAACGUUACCUUUCUGGUCAGAAAGCUGAUGCUGCAGGCUUUGUUCGCAAACUACUUGAUGACCUGGAGUCAAGAAUAUCAGUACAGUUUAGCAGGUUCAUCGAUGAAGCUUGCCAUCAAAUUGAGCGUAAUGAAAGAAAUGUGCGUCAAACGGGAAUUCUAGCCUACAUCCCAAGAUUUGCUGUCCUUGCAUCACGGAUGGAGCAAUAUAUUCAAGGGCAAUCUAGAGAUUUGAUUGAUAAAGCAUACACAAAGCUCGUUAGCACAAUGUUCACAACUUUGGAGAAAAUUGCACAAAGUGAUCCUAAAACUGCGGAUAUUGUACUGAUCGAGAAUUAUGCUGCUUUCCAGAACAGUCUUUAUGACUUGGCUAAUGUUGUGCCAACUCUUGCAAAGUUCUACCACCAGGCUAGCGAAUCCUAUGAACAAGCUUGCACUCGUCAUAUCAGCUCACUCAUUUAUCUUCAAUUCGAGAGGCUGUUUCAGUUUUCUCGAAAAGUCGAUGAAUUGACAUACACAAUAGCUGCUGAGGAGAUACCUUUUCAGCUUGGGUUGUCAAAAACUGAUCUAAGGAGGGUGCUGAAAUCAUGUUUAUCUGGGAUUGACAAGUCAAUUGGUGCCAUGUACAGAAGAUUGCAGAAGACAUUGACUUCUGAUGAAUUGUUUCCCUCGCUAUGGGACAAAUGCAAGAAAGAGUUUCUGGACAAGUACGAGAGCUUUGUCCAGAUGGUAACACGAAUCUACGGAAACGAGCCUAUAAUGCCGGUUGCCGAGAUGAGGGACACCCUUGCUAGCUUCUAGAUACAAAUGAGUUCAGCGCCAUGUAUCAUUUUCACAGUGCUGUAGCUUAUAUCUAUAUUCAAUUCAUUCUAUUGGAUUUUGCAGGUUCCCCUUUCUCUAGGCCUUUUUAGGGUGGGUUCUACAUGUAUGUUGUUUACUUGGCAAAUUGUAUGUGUGUAUAGAAAUGGAUGUGAGCAGUUGUCUGUGCAAACCAGCUCCUGUUAGUGCAAAGGAAUAUGAAUGUAACAAGUCUGGGAAUUGUGUGCAUGAUCAUCUAAACGAUGAAAGGUUUCUUGUUCA